AUGAGCAAAAAUACUACGCCACGUGAAUCAUUUCCGAAGCAGAAUACGUACCGACGUGAUGCGUCCGGCAGGCAGCAAUCCGCUGUUAAUGCGGUGGUCGAGCAGCUUUUCUUCCCAGGGCUGCUUUUACCACCGCUGGGAUACAGGGAAGACACAGCAUCCAAGAAGGGGGGGCGUAUAUGUGACAUAGUGGCAUCUCCAGUUUCUUAUUAUGUGAAUGGGUUCAUCCAAUACAUUGUAAGCGAUGAAGAUUUGCUAUCGCAAUAUCUCGAUAUGCUAUGCAUAAAUCAAUAUGAGGAUUGUUCGCUGUUGAAAAAAGUAUCUACUUGCACCGACUACGCAGUGCCUACUCAUCACUACGAUUUGCAGUCAUCGACGAGCUUUUAUAACGAUGGGAAGGAUAUUACGUCGUCGCAAUUCUUGUCCUCGGAGUCACCGUCUCGGUGUGACUCGGAAGCCAGCACCCCUCGCACUUCAUACGUACGGGGGAAUUCACCUGGGGGCAUCAACAAUGCUUCCACACCUGAAGCUUCACCGUAUCGGGACUCUGGAUACGCCAGCGAGUUAGUGACCAAUGGCGGCAUUAAGACGGAACCCAUGUAUGAAGCCAUUACCGAAGGUCGUGUGGAUCCGAAUUCUGAGACUUGUACACCGAAGAGGAUUCCCCCGUCCGCUGGCUAUUCGCAGGGUACAAACUCGCGUACGCCCGUGGGUAGUUCUACCGAUGAUUCGCGCUAUACGAUAACGAAGCAUUAUCGCAGUGUUUUUAUCGACGUGAUGAAACUGAUCAUUGACGCCCCUGCGUUGGGUUCGGACCUGAUGACGGCGCCUGAUGUGCUGCUACGUUUGUUGGACUUGCGGGUGCUACCGCUGCUUUACGAAUUGCUAGAAAAGUUGAUUGAGGAUGGUUGCAGUCCCAAUCCAGUUGCUAUUGUGGAGACCUUCCAUGAAAAAUACGAUAUAGACUCCUUAUGUACUGACUCACAAUCCGUCUCGAAGUAUUUGGACCGCACUUUGAAUGACUUGCACUGCAAAAACACUCUCGAAGUACCCGAGACAAAACGUGUUUCCAAGAAUCUCCAGUUCACAACUCGGUUGCGUAACAUUCCGCCAAUAUCGCCCGUGUGGAAGAACAGGGUCGACCAUAUAAGGGAGGAGGAUGUGGGAGGUCUGGUAAGCUUGGUGUGCACUGUGACCAGGGUUGGAAUUAUUUCCGUCCUGGAUGAGGAACGAGAGUACCGAUGCGUCCGUUGCCACCAAAGCGUAUUGGCUCGAUCGGUUCCUGAGUUACACUAUUUCAUUGUGGCUCCAUCCAAAUGCCCGCAUUAUUUGGAAACAACAAAAGGCACAUUUCGGCCGAGGUGUUUCGGGGACACUUUUGUUCAGGGCGUUGCCGUCAAGAGGACGGAUCUGCAGGAAAUACGAUGCCAAUCCAUAUCAGAGGAUUCGAGACUAAACUCCAUUGGUGUUGCUAUACCGGUGGUAUUACGGCGCGAUAUAACCGGAACAUGCGUGCCCGGCGACACAAUUCAUUUGAUAGGCAUGGUUAAGCGGCGCUGGAGGACCCUUCGCAGCGGGAAGAGGUGUGUAUCUCAGAUAUUUUUGGAUGCCCUCAACCUAAACGUCAUCAAUUUGCACAAGCCUCCACCACUGAACCCUAUCACGAAAAUUGAGGACAACAUAUAUUCGCCUUUCUGGGCAAAGUAUCGUAAUGACGAAGUUGCUGGCAGGAACAUCCUGCUUAAGCCAAUAUGCACGACCAUGGCGGGGGUGGAUAAUGCGAAGUUGGGCCUUUUGCUCACCGUGAUAGGAGGAUUCCCCGUUCACACGACGCCAUUUGAGGAGGAAACACAAGUAAAUCGUUGGGCCAAGUUUUCUGGAGACCGUUCCUUUACCGAUACGUCUCCCCGAAUGGCAUCUCCGGCUGCUUCCCCAUCCUGCGAUUCUAAAGCAACACGGCUAACUCGCACUCAGUGCCACAUCUUGUUCUUGGGCCAUCCUGGUACCGGUAAGUCGCAAUUUUUGAGAUUUGCAAAGAGUCUUGUCGAUCGGCACGUUUCCGUUUCUGGUACGCACUGCACAUCAGCGGGUCUCACUUGCACUGUGGUACGGGACUGCGGCCACACGAUGCUUGCCGCUGGUGCGUUGGCACUGGCGGAUGGUGGAUUGUGUUGCAUCGACGAGUUUUCGCUCAUCCACCCCGACGACAAGGCGUGUCUGCACGAAGCCAUGGAACAGCAGGUGAUAUCUGUGGCCAAAGUUGGUAUAAAGUGUUCUCUCAACUGUCGAUGCAGUGUCAUUGCUGCUUCAAAUUUUAAAAUGCAGAUGAUUCGGAGGUACGUUAACAGAGAUGACUCAUCGGGUGGAACGCAUUCUAAUCAUCCUUUGCUCUCUGUAGAUGUACCUAUUCCGCUGUUAUCCAGGUUUGAUCUGGUAAUGAUUUUUACGGAGAAUCCAUUGAACGAUUCGGAAUUGGUUGACUUUUUGUUGGACACUUGUGAGGCCCCGCUCCGCGACGCUAAGUCGAGGGCGCUUCGUAGUUUAAAGGGGUCUAUGGACGUCUCAGGCGACUCAUCGACAUGCGAUGAGUAUGAUUGUGAAAUCGAUGACGAUUUAGAUGAGGAAGAUACGUCGGAAGAGGAAGAUGAUGAGACCGAAUUUGCCAACGAUGGGAGCCAGUCACAACGGGCCGGGUCUCAGCACAAGCUUCUAAAAAACGUGAAAUUAGAGCAGUCUGAAGGAGAAAGAUCCUUUAAUUGGAAUGCGAAUGGUGCGAUGAAGGAAUACAUUGAGUACAUUAGGGCCAACCUGUUUCCCACCUUGACUGUGGCCGCUAGGAAGGUAAUCCACGCCUACUAUAUGGUGUCGCGUCAGCAGGCUUUGGACAGCGGCUCACGUGGCGGACCGACGAUCCGUACUGUGGAGAGUCUGCUCCGUCUGUCGCAGGCGCACGCUCGUCUAAUGUUCAGGGAUCAUGUAUCCAUCUUCGACGCCGUAUCCGCGAUAUGGAUUGGUGAAUUUGGUUUGCAUGGAUACAAGGUAGGAGCCUAUAGCGGCCAGGACCAGCUGGUGGAACGUGAGGGUCUGUUUGAGGACAUCGGCGCCCUGCUUGAUCUGUUUGGCCGACAGCAGGGGUUGGCCGGGUUACCAAACGACUUCAAGAUGGGCAACGGCAUUGUAUCCAUGGAAAUGUAUAACUUUUUCGAGAAGAUUCUGCUAGAAAGACUGGGAUUGCCUAACGUGGCGACUGUUGCCGAAGUAAAGCCAGAGGUUAAUUACGAUUCCGACUACGACGCGCCUUGGUGA